AUGGAAUGUCCAUUAGUGCAGAUCUUGGUGGAAGUAGCAAAUAUUCAAAUGAGAUCUUUGAAGACUGAAGUGGAGAAAGGUUCCAUAGGAAUCGUGUUGAACUAUGGGUUAGUCGGUCCUAAGAGAUAG